AGUGGUUGAAGAGAGAGCGAAGGGACCCCAGCCACACCCCCUGACUAUAAAUCCAAGGCAUAAGGAAACGCUCAGCCGAAAUCACACGUGGAACUGAAGGAGCUGGAGCUCACAAACUCAUUCAAACACACAGAUUCUGGGAGGAGGCUUGACUAAAAAAGUGACAGUGGCGAAAAGAGUAUUUCUUAUGAAUGAGUGAGUCAAGCAUCGCUGGAUUGAUUGGAUCCCUAAAGCAGGACUGGUUCUUCAUUCUAAAGAAGUUGUGCAUGCUGAUGCUUGGGUGUGUGAUUAGAAACAGGGAUACGGUUCACGUUUGUCUAGACUAGAAGGAUUCUACACUUGGGUGUAAAAUCGAAACUAAGCUUCAGUACUGAGGCAUGUCUUUUGCGAUGGUGCGCCCAACCCCAGGUCAUUACUUGUGUUCUGAGAUCAACAUGCACUCUGAAGAUGAUGACAACGGCAGCGAGGGUUCUGGAUCUGAGGACAAGUCUUUCAGAACGUCCAGCCAUGGCUAUGGUUCCUUUAAGCUGGGUGUACGCAAGAAGAGGUACAGCUGCCGGCCGUUAGCAAUUCCCACUGAACUCUGUACUCCGAUCACUGAGGUACGACAGCGAAACACUGCUAACGCCAGAGAGCGAGAACGAACGAACAGUGUGAACACAGCGUUCACUGCUCUGAGGACGCUGAUACCUACAGAACCGGCUGACAGGAAGCUCUCCAAGAUCGAGACCCUGCGUUUGGCCUCUAGCUACAUCUCGCAUUUGGGGAAUGUCCUGCUGGUUGGAGAGGAGUGUGGAGACGGUCAGCCCUGCCUCAGGAGCUCUGGCUCCUUGUUUCAUCACCACCACAACGUCUCCAAGAGCUCAACACCCAGCCCGGACUCUGAAAACUCACAGCCCAGACAGAUCUGCACCUUCUGCCUCAGUAACCAGAGACGACUGAACAAAGACAGAGAAAGGAAAACUGUGCUAAGAAGCUAAUGAAGAGCAGCACAUCUGUCUGAAGAAGAUGAACUGAACGAACUGCACAUUCAGUGUAAAUUUGCUGUAAAUAAGCUGUUGAACGGAACGCAACACUGCUUAUCCACUGCAUAACUUCCUCUGUGAAUGGCAUUGUAAUGGACAGCUACACUGCCUUUAUGCAUUUCCAUAUUUAGAAGCCAAAAUCUAUGUGAAUUUUACCAUAACCUCAUUAGUGUUUCGUUUUACAUAGAGGUUAAUUACCGUUUUACAAAAAUGAAAAGGGUCAAAAAACUUGAUUAAUAUUAUGAGAAUUAUUUGUAAAAGAAAAAGACACAAAUGAAAUGACAAUCUUGCUGCCCUUUUUGUUUUUGUCAACACUGAAAAAAUUUAAACUUGACCAAAAUUACUUCAGCUUGUUACUUGUUGUUUUAACUUGAUUUAUUACAAUUUCAGUGUAAUCAAUUGUUUAGGUGUAACAAGUUAAAGUAUAUUUGUUUAAGCUGUUCCAAUGGCUUUUCUUUUUCAUUGUAUGAUCUGUAUUGAAUCUAUGUUUAUGACCUACACUGAACUUUAUCAGGGGUGCGUUUCCCAAACAACCACGUAACUCGCGGCUGAACUAUCAUAGUACAAUGCAUCAAU